UAAAAACAGGGAGUGCCCGAGGAGCUCCGAAAAAUCGGAGCAAUCGACCUGAUUCGGACGAAUGGAGCGUAAUUGAACGGGAGUGAUGAUCCCGGAAGUCCCCAGACCUCACCCUCCCCCAGUCCCACUCCGAAUUUGCGCAUAUUUACGCAAGAAUAUGCGAACAGACCUCACUCCAGAGUCCGGACAUCUCCACUGCACCAAUCACUUGGAGUUUAAUGCGAGGAUCACGUUUUUGUCGACCCGAUGACGCGAGAUCUGCCCCAACGAGUCGUUCUAGAAUAUUUUAAUACUCCGUUUAAUCACUCACCCGAUCAGGUUACCGUGGCUGCUCCGAGCGUGUGUGCACAGCUCCAUCGUAUGUACUAUCGAGGUGUUCUCGUUGCAGGUAAAAAGAGGCAGGGAGUGUAGUUUGGGCAAUCGUUACCUGGCGGUCGGCGCUGACAACAGGGUAGAGGUCACGCGGAUAAUUUAGAGUGAAGGAAAGGAGUGAUCAUCGAAUGUUGGUUAAAUUGAAAAUCAUAUGAAUGAAUAUGUUUGCGAGGAGAGGAUUGCAGGCGAUUUUUUUCAUGGGACGAAGAAUAAAGACUUCGGUUCUCAGAGCCCCCAGUAGGCGAUUUUAUUCUCGUGCAGAUACUUUGGGGUCCAGGGGGAUGAUUACAGGACUGGGUUUUCUGAGCUUCUUCGGUUUUGGGAAGGAAGAGGAGGAACUGGAGCCCGAACUCAUCACGACGAUCAAACGAUCUAUUUUGUUGAUUCAAAAAGGCGAAUACAAAAAGGCUGAGCAGAUGCUCCACAUCGCCCUCCGGCAGGCCCAGACCCUCCAGCACUACGACGGAAUAACAUACGUCUACGACGUAAUGGCAAAUCUGGCAUUUGAGGUUCAAGAAGUGGAGAAGGCGAAAAAACUAUUUAUUUCUGUGAUGCAGCGACUGAUGUCGACUGGAACAACCGAGGGGGACAUGAAGAUGAUCCACAUCAGUCUGAAGCUCGCGAAAUUGUACGAGAUGAGUGGAGAACCUGGUAAAGCAGAGGAUGGCUACAACUUCUGUCUCAAGCACCUCGUGGACCACGCGAGGGAGACCCCAGAGGACGAGGACGUCCUCCUCCUCUGGGGUAUGACCCUCGACUGGUACGGUAAGAUGCUCCUGUCGCAGUCCCGCCUGAGCGAGGCCUUAAAGUGCUACCAACAGGCUCACAAAUUGUGCCACCAAGUCCAUGGAGAUGAGCACCAACAGACAGUCGUUCUCCUGAAUGACUUGGGGACUGUUUACUGCCGUCUGGGGGAGUACGAUCAAGCACUGGGGCAUCUCUCCGACGCAAUACUAAUCGGACAAAAACUGCCUGAAAUGUCAGACUUGAGUUCGAUUCACGUAAACAUGGGUAACGUUUACCUGAAGAGAAGUUUGUACAACGAGGCACGCGACGCCUGUUACACGGGGCUGAAGUUAGCUAAAAAAAACAAUGAUACUGAGUGCCAGGAGCAAGCGAACGCUUGUCUCGAGGAGGUGAAAAAACUACUGAGUCAAUAAUGACGAUAUUUACAGUGGGAAAAAUCCAGGCUGAUGUCAUGAAUCGACAGUGACGAUUCCAGGAGACAAUUUACAACAGAAAAUAACAGAAAAAAAAUGUAAAAAAGGAUUACCUACAGCUAUUUCCUUACAAAAAUACCAUCCCUCCUGGGAAUUGACGGGGCGAACGACUUUGUAAAUAUUGUACAAUAGAAAAUUAUCACAGGCUGUUCAAUCCUGUACGAUUCGAUGAUUUCCUUUCGAUUGAGAAUAAUUUCAUUCACUCGUAUUGGGCAAUCAGCACCAUCAUGUAGACUCCUAGGAGGAGGGCGGCUAUUUCCUUCAGGGACUGCCAGAAUUUUGUGUCUGUCAGAAGCUCUGGGAUCACUGAUACUGUCGCGAUGUAGAUGAAACCUCCUGCUGUGAAUGGGAGAAUCCAAGCUGUUGCAAAAUCCCCUGGAAUUAUCAAAAUCAUCAUAAAAAAAAUUUAUUUCAACUGCAGAAGUUUAGUUCAUUUUUUUUAGCGUGAAUAAAUGAAA